AUGGCUACGAAAGAUAUAAACGUUCCAUUGCUAGGUCUGAGUUUCGUCCAAAUUUUCCCAAUAUUAGAUAGGGGAGCUCUUUUCCCAUCAAACGGCUUGAUGAAUGGGGGAUAUACAUUAUUACAUUUGGAAGGCAAAUUGGAGCCUGUAAUACCAUCAAUAUAUGAUUAUCACGUUAUGCGCCCGCCGCCCUUCCACUUGCAAGUUUCCUUAGUCUUGUCCCUUCUCACAAGCCUGUACAUUGGAACAUACCUCUCGUGUGCCAUAAUUGAGGACCGCCGGGAUUCAGAUCUAUAUUUCGGGGGGCGCUAUUUGCACCGUGCGGUCAUUCGUCCGGUAUCGAUUCAGGCUGAGAACACACAAUUUUAUACAUAUGUUUCCUCCACACAUCAAUAUCUACGGCUCGACGAAUUUGGUGAUGGCUUUUUGCCAAGACUGAGCACGACCCGCCGUGAGCAUCACUUGGGAGGUGAAAAACAAUAUAUGUUGCAUCUUGUUCAACCUGCCGCAGCAACUUAUCAUGUCGCCAUUUCAAACCCUAACCCGUCCUCGGACGGCACCCCUGUUCAACAUAUUGGGUCGGCUCGGUGGUUUUUCUGCGUUUCACAGGGUGCGCUGUUUGCGACCACUUACCUGCGGGACAAGACGUCAGCUGAAUAUCCAAAGGCUAAAGAACCCGCGGUUGACCCCAAAGGUAAAUGUAAGGCAAACGCUCCUGGCGGCUCAGGAUUCCCAGCGAAGGGAAGUGGAACGCAACAGAACUUGGCGCUGGUGGACACUGAUUGCGUGAGCCUGAGGGCCAUAGUAAGCAUACACCAAACAUACACUGUGGACACAUUCAACUGCAGCCGCGCGAUCUUGGAAUCAAGUAUUGUUCUCAACAGUUGGAACAUCACAUUAAUAGGCUACUAUCACUUCAAAUAUUGUGGCAGGUAG